AUGUCAGCGGCCGAUUAUUAUAACGGAGCUUCUGGAAAUAAGCAAGAGUACUCGAGGCCUAACAUGGCUCCUCCAGGAGCAUACCAGCAACAGGGUACGAGGGGUUACGAUCAAGGGUUUCAACAACAAGGUGGAGCGCCGCAGGGACAAUACUAUCAAAACCACCAGCAAGGACAGCAGCAGUACUACGGAAACCAGCCCCCACAAUACUACAAUAACCAGCAGCCUGGAUACUACCAACAACAGCAACAGCCCAUUUACGUGCAGCAACAGCGACCAACGUCGAACAACAGCGACUGUUUAACGGCGUGUCUGGCCGGUAUGUGUCUGUGCUGCACUUUGGACAUGCUUUUCUGA